UCCAAUUUUGCUAGUUACAAAGGUGACCCAAAAAUUUUUCAAUUUUUAGGGUUUUCUCCUCUUUCGGUCAUUCCCGUUACCCCGAAUCUUUCAAGAUCCAAUCUUUCUUCCUUCGAACAAAAAAUCCAUCUCCAAAAAUGCCACCCACAACCACAACUUACGGCACCAUCACCGCCAGCGGAACCUGCACUUCUUCACGUGCCAAACACAUGCGCCGCCCAUGGCCGGAACUUGUCUCCCUCUCCUCCUUCUCCCUCCCCAUCUCCUAUGGCGAUGCCAAAGCCCGAAUAAAGCUGAACCUCUCUUACUUCCGCGUAAACUACGUAAUCUUAAUGCUAACAAUCGUCUUCUUAACUCUUCUUUGGCACCCAACUUCAAUGAUAGUAUUUUUGAUUACUUUCAUUUUCUGGUGGUUUUUUUACCUCUUUAAUGACAACCCAGUUGUUGUUUUCAACAAAACGGUGGAUGAUAAUGUUGUCUUGGGGGUUUUGAGUUUUGUUACUGUGGUGUCAUUGGUUUUGACUCAUGUGGGUGUUAAUGUUUUAGUGGGUUUGAUUAUUGGGGUAGUUGUUGUUGGUGUUCAUUCUGCCUUUAGAAGAACUGAAGAUUUGGGUUUUGGUGGGGUAGAAGAAGAGGAAAAUGGGUUGCUUUCUGUUGUUGGAAGUCAGCCUUUGAGGCCUACUUCUGGAUAUAAUAGGAUUUGAUUUGUUUUUGGAACUUUUUCGGCGUUGAAUUGUUAGGGAAGUUGUGUUUUGGUGGUUGAUUUUGAAGUGAGGUUUUGAUGGUUUGAGUUUGUGGAAAUUGGAUUGGAGGAAUUGGUUGCUAAAUGAUCCUUUUAUUUUAGUGUUUAGGAUUUUGGUUGAGGACUGCUUGUGGUUAUGAUAUUAUUGGUUUAAGCUUUGAGGAGGAUGGUAUUUGAGGCGUUGCUUGUUUCCUUCAUGAAUUCAUCCCUGUGAUUGUUGGAGUGUCUUUAGUUUGAAAUUGUUGUGAAAUUUGGUGGUUUUUGGGGCUUUGAUUUGAACUGGUGUUUUGGGGAAUCGUCUGAUUUUUUUGGUCCUGGUGUUUUUGGUUCAAUAUUGUGGAGGUAGGAUUGGUGGCCUUGGUGUGAUCCUUUUAGUGGUUGGUAUUUGAGGCGUUACUUGUUUGAGUUAUUUCAUUCACGAAAUGAUCCCCUUGAUCAUUUUUCAUUUGGGGUUGUCACUUUUAUUAGGAGAAGAAAGUUGCAUUUUUGGGACUUGGAUUAGAAGUGGGUAUCACAGGUUGUUUUGUAUUUCCUCCUCAUUGGUUGAAGCCCAAAGGUGGCAAGAUCUUGUGGCAUAAUAUUGUAUUUCAUGUACUGUGGAAAUAGAGGAGAAUGUUGUGGCUCCUCAGUUGAUAGGGAGGUUGGAUUUUGUUCUUUGGCCACUUAACAUGAUUAGUAAGUUAAAUUUUGUGGCUUUGGAUAUGGAUAGUGACGCUAUGUUGCAAAGCAACAAGUAUUACACAGGCAUUUUCUUAUCUGCAGUGUUGGUAUGGGAGGUGGGAGGUAAUUAGUUUGUUGCCCUGUUAUACUGAUCCAGGAAGUAACUUUGUUUUAGUCAUUCAACUGUAAUCACUAAUGUGUUGAUUUCUGCUGUAGCACAAUCUCAAUGAAUCUAAUGAUCAAUCAACUUUAUAGUUCUUUCCCUGCGAACUUUGUGUCUUAAAGCAUUUCUUAUAACGGUUGUUUGAUAACCUUGAUUGUGGCUGUUUACAAUUUGCAUUAAGCAUGAUGUAACAGAUAGAGGUUGCUAAACGCUUUAAUCCAAGCAUUAACCUCAAAUUUUGCAGUAGUCAUGAUUUUAUUUUGUGAUUCAGCACUAUGUUAUGAUUUGGUUUUCUAGUGUCACUGUCUCUUUGCACUAACAUCUGACAGGUAGAGUUUAGUUUCUUCAUGGGGUACUAGAUUUGCUGCUGUGGCAGCUAGAUGUUAUCUCUGAUUUUACCAAUUACUGGUUUAGAAAGUCGCUUGUAUCUCUUCGAGCAGCCAGUUUAUCAUUUGACUAUUGGCAUUGUCAUAUUCCGGGUUUGCCUUUGGUAUCCUACUACCUGAUUAAUGAUUGCAUGUGUUACCUGAAUCCUACUUCAAGGCAAGAAACCAUCAUUGUAGCUAGUAGUGUUUGCUUAUGUGAAAGUCAGUUUUCUUUUCUGCUAUUGCAUUACACAUUAUAGCUAUGGUUGCAUGCUCCAAUGGAUUUCUUUAUGAAUUGGAAGCUUCAAGGACUUAUAUUUAUGUUAUCCUAAAUACCCCAACACUUACCAGCAUAUUUCCAGUUGCAAGGCAAGUCUUAUUUAGUUCUUUACCAAAAUAUGGUGUAGCUAUAAGGGCAGUUGGCUUUGCCAUCGCUUUUGACAGAAUAUUAUGGCCAAUAAACGUUGCAAAGCGCAGUGCAGAACAUUCUCUAAUUUUAUUAUUUCAGUUUUCAAAUGGCCAUCAGCUGAGCUCCUCUGUUUCGGAAUUACAUUAAACUACUCCAAUCGUAAUUAUAUUGACUAUUUGUGUCAAGUUAUUUUAUAGGAAAGUUUAGGGUGAGAGAAGUUUUCCAUUAUAAGAUCAAGGCAGAUGGAAUGUUUUAAAUAAGACUGAUAUGAAAUUUACAGAUUGUUUAUCACUAGAGAUUACAGACAAGGAGACUCAAAUUUAAACCCUAAGAAGGAAGGUUUAUUGCAGGCAGCAAAACUGGAACUUAAAUUUUAUAAAUGAAAUAUUCAAAUCUUACCACAAACUUUAUAAAAUCUAACAAAAUCUUACCAACCUAAUCAACCUUUCAAAUAAAAUAAUCGAAUCUUACUAGCAUCAAU